AUGGCCACGACUGACUUGACCCGGCCGAGUCGAUCAUCAACAGCUUCUUCUGUCUCGGAUAGCGCGUCGCAAGGGAUCCGGCAGAAAGAAUCUUCGCACCAUGUCAACAAGCCGGAAGAAAUGAGAGAAUCACCACCACCUCCCGAGUCAAGACCGUCGAAAAGUCCCAUACACCGAAUCAAUGCUCCUGGAAGUGUACAAGCUUUGGCGGUCGACGAUGAUGUCCUUUUUGCAGGUCUCCAAGGUGGCAACAUCACGGCCUGGUCAUUGGAGACGUAUGAACUUCUCGCGACCGUCCCAGCACACAAAGAGAGUGUCUUGAACCUUUCUCUCUGUGAGGAUAGAUCGUUGUUGUUUUCCACCGGCGCAGACUCGGUCGUCAAUGUAUGGUCGACUCAGACCCUUCAACGGCUCUACUCACUUUAUUCUCCCUUUGAGAUCGGCGACAUCUUCUGCGUGGUCCAUUCCACCCCGAAACAGACUUUGUUUUGGGGUGCUCAAAAUGCCAGCAUACAGUGGCACAGAAUCAGCACGGACGCCAGCAGCAUGUCUCCGACGCUCACUUUUGCCCCCGGAUCUCGCAAACAUCGCUUCUUCGACUCGUUGGGCCCGGGCGGGACAUCCAAUGUCAUCUCGGACGAAGAAGGGUUUUCUACAACGAGUCUGGACAACCAGGGCGGCCGCGUCUUGACUGUCCCAAACCACAACUACCUCCCGUACGCCCACAAGAGCUACAUAUACUGCAUGCUCCUGGUCAAAGGGUUAUUGAAUUACGGUCGAUGUGAAGAAGUCCUCGUGACCGGUGCCGGAGAUGGGACCAUCAAAAUUUGGUCCAUCGACUCGUUAUCCACAGACGGUCUUGUCCAGCUCACGAAAUUCAAAAACACCGGCUCCAACGUCCUCAGCCUGUCCUUCCGAGGCUCAUUUCUCUACGCUGGCCUUUCCGACGGUACGGCCAAUGUUUACAAUCUUGCUUCGAACCAACUAGUCCAAAGACUCAGUAUCGGCCAUGGCGACAUAAGUCAAAUAUCAGUCAACUCUGACAGUAUCCUUUGCGGUACAAGUCACGGACGAAUCAAGCGAUACAAUGAUCAUUUCAUGGAGACGGAAUGCUGGGCUGCCGCCGACGGCAAAAUCCUCGCAAUGAGUCAAACCAAAACCUCUGGACACGACAUUUUAAUCACAGGUGGCAAUGACGGUUCCAUAUCAUUCUGGGACGCCGACGGUCAUUCUCACACCUCGAUAGCAUCUUCAGUCCGAAGCAAUGAUGAGUUGGUGAAUGCUUUACGCGAAUUCGUCAGUUUUCGUACCGUCGCUUCGAACCCUACCUGUGUGCGAGAUUGUCACGACGCCAUUACUUUUCUUCGAAAGCAAUGCAACGCCUUUGGUGCCACCACCGAUUUGGUCUCUCCACAAGAAGGUGUCAAUCCGAUUCUGGUCGCCAAAUUCACCGCAUCCCGACCUUCGUCGUCGACCAAAACAAAACCCAAAACGGUCCUGUUCUACGGUCAUUACGACGUUGUCGACGCCGAGGUGGGAAGUUGGACCGGUGGUGACCCAUUCAGUCUACAACCUCUGAACGGGUACCUAUACGGCCGUGGAGUGACCGACAACAAAGGUCCGAUCUUGGCCGCCAUUUACGCCGUCGCCGACCUGGUUCAGCAAGACACCUUGUCGUGCAACGUGACUUUUCUACUCGAGGGUGACGAAGAAGCCGGAUCCCGCGGGUUCCGGGACGCCGUGGGUCGUAUGAAGUCGUCCUCGAUCGUUGGGGACGACGUCGACUUUAUCCUGCUGUCCAACAGUUACUGGUUGGACGACCAUAUCCCCUGUUUGACUUUUGGCAUGAGAGGUGUCAUUCACGCCACGGUCACCGUUUCUUCCAACCGGCCCGACCUGCACUCCGGCAUGGACGGUAAAUCUGUCCAACAUGAACCCUUGAAGGAUCUCACCGUCCUCCUGGCCAGUCUCAUCGGGUCUACGGGGACCAAAAUAACCAUCCCCAACUUUUACGACAGUGUCGAUGAGCUGUCGGACCUCGAGUUCCGGUCCUACACAAACAUCACAAGUUCGUUGUUACAAGGUCACCCGGAGAUCAAAAACGAAAGGUCCUUUUCGCAGUCACUGAUGCAGAGAUGGAGAUAUCCAAACUUGACGAUCCACCAGAUCGAGGUCCCGGAGACCAAGACGGCGGUGACGAUCAGUGGAUUGGCCAACGCCACGUUGUCUAUCCGCAUCGUACCGUCACAAACUGCCGAACGGAUCGCGACCGGUUUGACAGAAUACCUGGAGGAUCAAUUUGCCAAACUACAAAGUUCAAAUCGGUUAAAGGUCGAAAUCACUUCCAAGGCUGACCCUUGGUUGGGUGACGUCAACAGUGAAUUGUAUCAUUCAUUGAAAGAAGCCGUGGUUGAAGUUUGGAAUCCUGCUACAGAUUCAUCACAUCGUUCUUUCCCGUCGGACAACAGAAAUACCACAUCAUCAUCAACAGCAGCAACAUCCAACGAUACUAUUUCUGACCUCGGAUCUACCACCACAGCUGCCACGUCAGGGUCAACAUCAACAUCAUCGUCGUCGACAACAACAAUACAACCGGGGUCACAACGUUCGUCGCACCGUCGAGCGUCGUCCCUGGCCAGCGCUGGGACAUUCACCUCCACCAACCUGCCACGCCAACCUCUGUUCAUUCGGGAAGGUGGGUCGAUCCCCGCCAUCAGCUUCUUGGAAGGGGAAUUCGACGCCCCCGCGGCCAUGUUCCCGAUGGGCCAGGCGAGCGACAACGCCCACCUGGACAAUGAGCGGAUGAGGGUGGAGAACCUCUGGAAGGGCCGCGACGUGUUGAAGCGGGUCUUUUCGAGGUUGUGAGACAAGACGAAGAGAAACAACACCGACAAUAGCGAGAACAAGAAAUACAACAGUAAUAUCAAAACAAGUGCAAAAAAUGAGGAAACUCUAGAGAGAGAGAGAGAGAGAGAGAG